UUGAUUUUUCAAGUCGCAAUGUCAAGCAGAAACCAACUAUAAAGUGCCCCUUUCCUGCCACACCAAUCUUCACUACACAUUCCUCAAAGAACAAAGCACACAGUUGUUAAAAGAGUAAAAGCCUUUGAUACCCAACAAAUCUUGGCUUUUUCUGUCCGUUAGAACCGAUGGCUUCCAACUUUAGCGUGAAGACUUUAUCUGUCUUAGCUCUUGCAUUGUUUGCCUUCUGCUUGCAAGCCACCCUAGGAGAAAUAAUAUGUGAACACCUUGACCAGGACACCUGCGCCUACGCGGUAUCGUCCACAGGCAAGCGCUGUGUGCUAGAGAAGCACGUAAAGAGGAGCGGAGAGGAAGAAUACACUUGCGGCACAUCUGAAAUAGAAGCUGAUAAGAUCAAGAACUGGAUUGAAACUGACCAGUGUGUCAAAGCAUGCGGGCUUGACAGAAAAUCCUUCGGCAUCUCAUCCGAUUCCCUCCUCGAGUCUCGCUUCACAGAAAUGCUUUGCUCCCCUCAAUGCCACAAUAGCUGCCCCAACGUCGUCGACCUUUACUUCAACCUGGCCGCAGGAGAAGGUGUUUUUCUUCCAAAAUUAUGUGAGGCACAAGAAGCACAUGCACGCAGAGGAAUGGCCGAGAUCCUAAGCUCUGGUUUGGUUGCACCAGGACCCGCCAGCGGUGCGAAGUUAUUGGGAGUCGCCCCAGCAAUGGCGCCAUUCUAAAUGUUGAUUGACGUACUGGAAUUUUUACAAAAUUUUACUACUCCCUUUUGCACCAAUAAAAAAGUUGCACUAGUUAGUAGGUUUUAGAAGAAAGGCUCAAGUGCAUCAAUGACCAUCAUGAUUUGGUGUGUGCAUGCGUGCCAUGAGCUUGGUGUGUUCAGUCCAAUAAGGUGCUACUUUCUAGAUAGAUUUGCUAUACGUUACGCGGUUGUGUUUUGUGUGCAUGGUACCAUACCCAGCUUACUCGUUUGCUUAUUGUAAUGGGCAUGAUGUAUGUAACAUAUAUAUAUAUAUAUAUAUAUUGUAAUGGGUAUGAUAUAUGUAACAUAUAUAAGUA